ACAGGGUGUCCACGGUGAUCGGGGGAGAGCGCUUCAGCAGCCAUGGAUGCCUCAGACUCUCAAAGGAAAAAAGUAGCUGUCAUUGGGGGUGGUCUGGUUGGAUCGUUAAAUGCAUGCUUCCUUGCAAAGAGGAAUUUCCAAGUUGAUGUGUAUGAAGCUAGGGAAGAUAUCCGAGUGGCUCAACUGGCACGUGGAAGAAGCAUUAACUUGGCCCUUUCUCACCGAGGACGACAAGCCUUGAAAGCCAUUGGCCUAGAAGACCAGGUACCUCAUUCAUGCAUUUCCCUUAGAGAAGGUAGCACCUGCUCCUUUGCAGAUGCUCUGCAGGAGACGUAUAACCAGAAGGGCGUGUUUCCGGGGGAGCCCUUCAGACCUGCCCGCCGGCCGUGGACGCUCCUGAAUUUCCUCUUCUGGGCCACGGUUCUCCUGUCUCCUCUGUUCCGCUUUGUCUUGGGCGUCUUUUAUAUUCUUUCUAUAAGCAGAACAAAUCUAAACAAGGAUCUGUUAACUGCGGUGGAGAAAUACCCCAACACCAAGGUGUACUUUGGCCACCGGCUGUUAACAUGCAACCUGGAGGAAGGAACCAUCACCGUGGCUGGAUCUGACCAAGUUCCCAAAGAUGUCACCUAUGACCUCAUUGUAGGCUGUGAUGGAGCCUAUUCAACGGUCAGAGGUCAACUCAUGAAGAAACCCCGCUUUGAUUACAGUCAGCAGUACAUUCCUCACGGGUACAUGGAACUGACCAUCCCACCUAGGAAUGGGGAUUUUGCCAUGGAACCGAAUUAUCUGCACAUCUGGCCUCGAAACACCUUCAUGAUGAUUGCACUUCCUAACAAGAACAAAACUUUCACCUGCACUCUGUUCAUGCCCUUCGAAGAGUUCGAGAAACUUCCCACCAGCAGAGACGUGCUGGAUUUCUUCCACAAGUACUUCCCGGACGCCGUCCCUCUCAUGGGCGAGCAAGCCCUGACACGGGACUUCUUCCUGCUGCCCGCCCAGCCCAUGAUCUCUGUGAAGUGCUCCCCUUUUCACUUUAAGUCACGCUGUGUGUUGAUGGGAGACGCAGCUCACGCCAUUGUGCCCUUUUUUGGGCAAGGAAUGAACGCAGUAAGUUCUCCACCAAGAUUUAGAAUUCCAGAUGACCAUGCGGUUUCAGACCUGUCCAUGUACAAUUACGUGGAGAUGCGAGCACAUGUCAACUCAAGAUGGUUCAUCUUCCAGAAGAACGUGGAGCGAUUUCUUCACGCGAUCAUGCCAUCAACCUUCAUCCCCCUCUACACCAUGGUCACAUUUUCCAGAAUAAGGUACCAUGAGGCGAUGCUGCGCUGGCGUUGGCAAAAAAAGGUGAUAAACACAGGGUUCUUUAUCUUCGGAACACUGAUAGCCAUUGGCAGUACCUACUUCCUUAUACGCUCCAUGGCCUCAAGGCACCUGGACUACUUGAGAAGACCAUGGGACUGGGUCACUAACCUCCAGAACACAGGACAGGUUUCCCUGAAAACUCCCUGGAGCUACUAGAACAAAUCUCCACUGUCAUCAGCAGGUGACAGAAAGGUCCUGAAGUAGCAAAUACACUUGAUUUCUCUGUAACCAAAUCUCAUGAUCAAAGCCAUGGCUCCCAUCAUCAUAUUUAAGUCACUCAUGGAAGAUGUUUGUCGGCUUAGAAUUAAAUCCAAUGUGGGAUUUC